AUGAUUCUUUGGUUAACGAUAGGUGCCUACAAGUACGUGUCGGAACUAUGGAGGAAGAAGCAAUCGGAUGUGAUGAGGUUUACGCAGAGGAUAAGGUGCUGGGAGUAUCGCCAGCAGCCUUCCAUUGUUCGUCUUGUUCGUCCCACUCGUCCUGACAAAGCCCGUCGUCUCGGCUACAAGCCCAAGCAGGGCUUUGUUGUCUACCGGGUGCGUGUGAGUCGUGGAGGUCGCAAGAGGCCUGUUCCCAAGGAUAUUGUCUUAUGGGUCAUCAACUCCUACCGGCUCAAUGAGGACUCUACAUACAAGUACUACGAGAUUAUACUUGUGGACCCUGCACACAAUGCCGUCCGAAAUGAUCCAAGGAUCAUCUGGAUCUGCAACCCAGUGCACAAGCACAGAGAACUCAGAGGGCUCACCUCAGAGGGAAAGAAGAAUCGUGGUCUUCGUGGAAAGGGUCACAACAACCACAAGAACAGACCUUCCCGCCAGUCUACCUGGAGGAGAAACAACUCCAUCUCCCUACGUCGUUACCGGUGA